GCCAUCAGAAAUGUGUGCAACUCAUUCGCUUUGGCUUUUCAUGUAAUUGACGAGCAAUUUGUAAAGCAGGGGACGAGAGACAACAGCGUGGAUCCCGUACCUUUAAAUUUCUCCUAGGUCGAUUUUUUUCUUCCUUAUUUCGUUUUAAAUCAAAUGAGCUUCAUGUGAGUAAGGGGGAACAAGAGCAGUUCUUUUUUUCCCUUUCUCUCACCUUCACAGUGCACCUAUCCACUUUCACCUUUAGUUUAUUGACUUUUAUUUUGUGGUACCUCCUCGGAUAAUUUUGGCUUUAAAGCACGGCUUCACCUGGUCACCCCUUUUCUGAAGUCUCACGAAACGGCACCAAGAUUUCUUCUGCAACUUUAAAGCACUUCAGGGAAACAUCCACCGACAGGGACAACAUAUUUUUUGCUUGCACAAAGAAACGUAAAAGUGACACAAUGAGUCUCAAAUCUGAUUCUGAGCCGAACAACAAUGUUGUAUCCUUGGAAGAGGAGGUGCGCACACUUUUUGUCAGUGGCCUUCCGGUUGAUAUUAAGCCCAGAGAACUCUACUUGCUCUUCAGACCAUUUAAGGGUUACGAAGGAUCCCUCAUCAAGUUGACAUCAAAGCAGGUGAGAUUAUGCCCCUACCUGAGGUAUGAGCAGUCCAAACCUGUCGGGUUUGUUACCUUUGACAACCGGACCGGCGCUGAAGCGGCAAAGAACGCGUUAAAUGGGAUCCGUUUUGACCCCGAGAGUCCCCAGACCCUGCGCUUAGAGUUCGCUAAAGCCAACACGAAGAUGGCAAAGAGUAAGCUGAUGGCCACACCGAACCCCACAAAUAUCCACCCAGCUCUAGGAGCUCACUUCAUUGCACGGGAUCCAUAUGACCUAACAGGGGCAGCGCUGAUCCCUGCCUCUCCUGAGGCCUGGGCCCCUUACCCCCUCUACACCACCGAGCUGACCCCCGGGUUACCCCACACUGCGUUCACCUACCCGGCGGCCGCUGCCGCCGCCGCCGCCCUCCACGCCCAGAUGCGUUGGUAUCCGUCCCCGUCUGAAACCUCACAGCCAGGAUGGAAAUCCCGUCAGUUCUGUUAAGUCUUUAAUGCCAUUCAGUACCUGCUGGUUUUAGUCUUUCCCUUCCGCACGGAGUAAAGGUAUUCUGAACUCAACAAUUUAAUUUAAAUCAGGUUUAUUUAACGGACAUCAAGGUGAUUUACCGAUGUUGAUUCCCUUGUGGGGAAAAUGGAGAGGAAGAAUUGAGACCGUGGAAACAUCUUGCGGACGACAAUCAGCAGCGGAGGCCUCCCUGCGGCUGACCUUUUGACCUUUGACGGUACAGUCUCUGCACUUCCAUGAGAAAAAGGAAAAAAACUGUGCGAGCCUACUUCACACUCGAAGUGGACCUAGCUUUGUGCUGACGAAACCUAGCUGCUCAUUAUUGGGUCUGGGUGGGAGGGUGGGUGGGAUGUAGACAAUCAAUAUGCAUGAUGCGAUAAACAGCAUGAGUUAGAAUGCAAAACAGUGGUGUCCAUGUUUCAUAGUGCUUGUUGCCAUAUUAGCAAGGUCUCAGUGGACCCCGUACAGUGUUUUCUAUAUUCAGUCUCGCUUCAGUAAAAUUAGCUAGGCUUGAGUUGCUUAUGAUAUCUGCAAAGUAGAGGCAGACAUCUUAUUCCUUUAGUCCUUGUGUUUUUCUUCUGGUUUUGUGUUGUCAUUUGUUCAGAAUGGAUUAUGUAUCCACUGGGUUUUCCUUUUUCCUUCCUAUCUGAUCUUUAAUUGUAAACCUGUCCAAGAUGGCUGCCACUGUUGGUAACCUCGGACAUUUGAAUGCAUUCUCUAACAACCAAGUUUUGCCAAAAUAUCUGUGUAGAGUAUAUUUGAACAAAAAGUGAGUACAAGUAUUUUUGUACAUUUGUGUAAUGAAUAUUUAUGAAUUUUUUUGUGCAAUUAAAUAAGUAAUCUGUAUACAUUGAUGUUUAGUCUGCCCUUUUGGGUUUCUUUGGUGUUCUUUUUUUGAUGGAUGUUAUUCUGUCUAAUACCCAGUUUGAAGUAGGAAAAGUGCAAUUUUCUUUGGCUUGUUAAAUACUGAUCUACUCUUGCAGUCAAAACUGCUAGUGUACAUGGACUGCUAACAUGAGAUUGCUGUAAAACAAAAUGCUGAUCAUUCAGAAUGUGAAACUGGAGAAUAAACAGAUUGUUCUGAA